AUGGCCAAGAAAAUCAAUGACCUUUGUGGGAUAAAGGAGUCUGAUAUAGGGCUGGCUCCACCUAGCCAGUGGGAUUUGGUUUCAGAUAAACAGAUGAUGCAAGAAGAACAACCAUUACAAGUAGCAAGGUGUACAAAGAUUAUAAGCCCUAAUACGGAUGAUGCCAAAUAUGUUAUAAAUGUAAAACAAAUUGCAAAGUUUGUGGUUGGACUGGGAGAUAAGGUCUCUCCAACUGAUAUCGAGGAAGGGAUGAGGAUAUCAGGUCAUGAUGGUGGUACUGGAGCUAGCCCAAUCAGCUCCAUCAAACAUGCUGGGGGUCCUUGGGAACUUGGUCUUACAGAAACAAAUCAGGUUCGAGCUGCAUUAGCUCAGUUGGGUUAUGAGAAGCUGGAUGACAUCAUUGGGCGAACAGAUUUGCUUAAACCAAAGCAUGUCUCGUUGGUGAAAACGCAGUACAUCGAUCUUGGAUACCUCUUAUCAAAUGCUGGAUUGCCCGAAUGGAGCAGCUCCCAGAUUAGGAGCCAGGACGUCCACUCUAAUGGCCCUGUUCUUGAUGAGACAAUCCUUGCAUAUCCUGAGAUAGCUGAUGCGAUUGAGAAUGAGAAGGAAGUUUCCAAGGCGUUUCAAAUCUAUAAUGUCGAUAGAGCUGUCUGUGGUCGGGUAGCAGGUGUGUCUGGAGAAGAAUAA